AACUAAAACCCAAACUUCUCCCCUAACCAAAAAAACAACUAUUUAACCAACAAAACUCUCUCAACGAACAGCUAUUAUAAAGUCUUUCGCCGAACCCUGAAACCCUUUCACGCGGAAUCAAUCUUUAUCUUCUCUUCUUUUCGGAUAACAUCGAAAUAGAUGUUUCAGGAAAAUAUCAGCAUGAAUAUCUACAACAAUCAAUUUCAAUCUCAAUCUCCUUCUUAUUCAUGGACACGUCAGCAAGAUAAACUGUUUGAACAAGCUAUUGUUAUGUUCCCGGAUGAAAACGAUCCUCAUCGCUGGCAAAAAAUUGCAAACUGUGUUCCUGGUAAAACAGCUUCAGAAGUUUAUCAACAUUACCAGGUUUUGCUUGCUGAUAUUAAGGAUAUCGAAGAGGGAAGAGUUGAAUUGCCUUCUUAUUAUGACGAUGAUGUCGAUGAUAACAAGGUUGUUUGGGAGACUGAAUCGUCACCUCCUCUUCCGGGUACGAUGAAUAAUAAUAAUAAGACGAAACAGACUGAAUCGGAACGGAAGAAAGGAGUUCCUUGGACGGAAGAAGAACACAGGGCAUUUCUUUAUGGAUUGGAGAAAUUUGGAAAAGGGGAUUGGAGAAGUAUUUCGAGAAAUGCAGUGCAAACAAGAACCCCAACUCAAGUUGCUAGUCAUGCACAGAAGUACUUCCUGCGCCUAAACGCGGAGAAGAAAGAAAGGAAGAGAUCAAGUAUUCAUGACAUAACCACAGUAGAGAAAGCGUCAAAAGUUAGCAUCAAGCCCUCCGACUGUCCUGUUCAGCAGAUGAGAACGAUGGACAACCUGAUAGGAUCAUAUCCUCGACAAGGUGAUUAUUUUGGGUGUCGCUGACAACUUUUUACCCAUAUAAAUUAGGAAGGAAUUAACUGGCACAUGCUACACAUACUAGUUUGUAGAUAUGAACAGUGGAAUGUAAAGGGCGCGGAUUCUUUUUUGUGAAAUUUCACAGUAGUUGAUUAGGCAAGAAAUUUAUAAACUUAUUCUUCAGUUCAGAUGAAAGUAGUGAUAUAUAAAAGGGUAUGAAAUCUGUUUGCUCUUACUUGCUUCUUAUGGAGUCUUAAAUGGCUGGAUUUUUUUUUGAAGCAUUUAAAUGGCUGGAUUUUUUUUUCGAAGCAUUUAAAUGGCUGGAUGUUUCGAUCUUUAACGAUAAAUUAUGAUUCG